AUGGAGCACAGUCUGAGAACGGCCCUCUGGGUAUUUUGCCUCUUUGGCUUUCUUCAAGCAACACCUCCCUGCUACGGACAGGGCGACCUGGGCUUCUGCUUUCUACAACAACACGUCAAAUGUGUGAAUGUGACGUUCACUUAUCCAAUCAACGUGCAGGCGAAAUGCAGUCGUGACGCGCUGCAAGUCUUCGUGCAGGGACUGAAUAACGCCACAACCGACUGUCAAGAUGACCAAGAGAUAAUUCCGGACACUCUGGAGUCCCUGGCCUGGAAGUUCCCCACCACCGACUCCACAAACUGCAAACUGCAAACCAAGGAGUCACAGUUUGAGGACUUUGUGAAAGACCUCGAAAGACUUGUGCAACUGAUCAACGCCUCCGGCGACAAGUGA